AAUUUCAUCCGGUUGCAUUUAGAUCUGUAUGUGAUAAUUCUUUUCGCUAUAUGUCCGUGCUGUUCUAUUUUUUCGUAUUCGUUUUUUGGUCGACCCGGUUUAAGAUCCAAGCAGAAAUCCCAGAUCUAGUUAGGAGCUUUGAGAUAUCAGUAGCGGCAAGGGAAAAUGCCAGCACAGAAGAUUGAAACUGGUCACAAUGACAUAGUUCACGAUGUUACUAUGGACUAUUAUGGAAAACGUGUGGCUACAGCAUCUUCUGAUACCACCAUAAAAAUAACUGGUGUGAGCAACAAUGCUGCUUCACAACACCUUGCUACUUUGAGUGGUCAUACUGGUCCUGUUUGGCAGGCUGCCUGGGCUCACCCCAAAUUUGGCUCAAUCCUUGCUUCCUGCUCCUACGAUGGUAAGGUAAUAAUCUGGAAGGAAGGCAAUCAGAAUGAGUGGACGCAAGCUCAUGUUUUUAGUGACCACAAAUCAUCAGUUAACUCCAUUUCAUGGGCUCCUCAUGAACUUGGGCUUUGCUUGGCUUGUGGUUCUUCUGAUGGUAAUAUCUCAGUGCACACUGCUAGGUCAGAUGGUGGUUGGGACACUACGAGAAUAGACCAAGCUCAUCCAGUUGGGGUAACAUCAGUUUCAUGGGCACCAUCAAUGGCUCCUGGCGCUUUAGUUGGUUCAGGUGCGCUUGAACCUGUUCAAAAGCUGGCAUCUGGUGGAUGUGAUAACACCGUGAAGGUUUGGAAGUUAUAUAAUGGCAUUUGGAAGAUGGAUUGCUUCCCUGCACUUCAGAUGCACACUAACUGGGUGAGGGAUGUAGCCUGGGCACCAAACUUGGGACUACCAAAGUCAACAAUUGCUAGUGCUUCAGAGGAUGGUACAGUUGUCAUAUGGACUGUGGCAAAGGAGGGAGAUCAGUGGGAGGGCAAGGUUCUUAAAGACUUCAAGACUCCUGUUUGGAGGGUCUCAUGGUCUCUAACCGGAAACUUGUUAGCUGUUGCCGCUGGGGAUAACAAUGUCACAUUGUGGAAAGAAGCUGUUGACGGGGAGUGGCAACAGGCCAGCACUGUUGACCAAUAGAAUUGGAACUUCUAAGUAAUAGAAUUUUUAAGUUUUUGUUUCUUUCUACCAUUCAGGCAUCUUUCCUAGCUGAGCGAGUUAGCAUUUUAAUUGAGGACUCUCUUUAUUUACUUUGAUUUGAUUCUUCUCCUUUUAUUCAGUAUGCCUGAUGAUUUGUUUCACUUAAGCUAGAGGAGUUGAAAUUGAAGCUCAUAUACCUCUUUCUCGUCUGUCAUGUCCUGUAUUGCCUUUGUUAUGUUUCAUUUUGAAUACAUUUCUGAAGUUAUUUUUGUUCUUAA